ACCCAUUAACAAUUCCUUUCUCAUUGACAUUUGGUAGAAUAAUUCCUGCAUCUCUCUCAACUCAUAUUCAUACUCUACGACAACCAUGGCAGAACAACACCACCACCUCUUCCACCACAACAAAGAUGGAGAAAGUUCUGUAGAUGGAGAAAACCCUGUUGAUUAUAAGGAGGAGGAGAAGCACAACAAGCAUCUCGAGGAGCUAGGCGGGCUUGGUGGUGCUACUGCUGGAACUUAUGCCUUGCAUGAGAAGCAUGAGGCAAAGAAAGACCCAGAGCAGGCCCACAAGCACAAGGUAGAAGAGGAGAUCGCAGCAGCAGCUGGAGUAGGGGACGGUGGCUAUGCGUUCCAUGAGCAUCAUGAGAAGAAAGAGGCAAAGAAAGAAGAUGAAGAGGCAAACGGAAAGAAGGACCACCAUCUCUUUUAAGUGUUAAUUUGCUCUUUUAUAUUAAUUAAGUCAUGUCAUGUUAUUGAUCAUCACCAGUAAACGACUACGUACCCCGAAUAAUGUUACGAUGAUGAUGUUCACUUUUAUAUUAAUGUAAGCUUCUUUCAAGUUUGAACUCUAGCUUCCUUUUUGCAUGUAUUUAAUUUGAAUGAAUUUUAAGGCUCGAUAA